UACAGAGGGGAGGGGGUACUUUCUACCAGAGAAGAGAGAACAACAAACAACACAAGCCAUUCUCUUCUUCAAAAACGCACCCUAUUCCUUCUUAUAUGCGUCGCUUUUGUUCUUGAAUCUCUUCCUAUCACAAGAGCAGCUUCUCUCUCCUUCUCUCUCUCUGAGAAUAUGUUCCAAUCCAAGAAACCUACUAUGAAUUCACAUGAUAGGCCUAUGUGUGUUCAAGGUGACUCGGGGCUUGUCCUCACAACAGACCCAAAGCCUCGUCUUCGAUGGACAGUCGAGCUUCAUGAACGAUUCGUCGAUGCUGUGACUCAGCUCGGAGGACCAGACAAGGCCACUCCGAAGACCAUCAUGAGAGUUAUGGGUGUUAAGGGUCUCACUCUAUACCAUCUCAAGAGCCAUCUUCAGAAAUUCAGGCUUGGGAAGCAGCCACAUAAGGAAUUCAAUGAUCACUCAGUUAAGGAGGGUGAGAGAGCUCUAGAUCUUCAGAGAAAUGCAUCCUCAGGGAUAAUGGGUCGAGGCUUAAAUGACAGGAAUGGUCAGAUCACAGAUGCAAUUAGGAUGCAAAUGGAAGUCCAAAGGAGAUUGCAAGAACAAAUAGAGGUACAAAAGCACCUCCAGUUGAGAAUUGAAGCACAAGGGAAGUAUAUGCAGUCAAUACUUGAUAAAGCUUGUCAAACACUUGAUGGUGAAAACAUGACCUCAGGAAGCUACAAGGGUGUUAGUAAUCAAGGAGUUGUUGACAUGGGUUCCAUGAAAGAUUUUGGUUCUCAAAUGGGCUUCCCCUCUCUUCAAGACCUACACAUAUAUGAAGAAGAGCAAGUAGACAUGCAGCCACAUAUGGACAGAUCAUCUCUUGAAGGAUUCAUGCCUGCCAAUGAUACCAUCAGUCUUGGGAAGAAGAGGCAUAGUCCCUAUGGUGGUAAUAGCAAGAAUCCUUUAAUGUGGGCUGAUGACCUCAGACUACAAGAAUUAGGAACAGCAGCAGCAUGUCUAAGCACUCAAGAAGAUGAAUUUAAGGGUUACCAGCUUCAAAUUGGUGCAGAUAUGGAUUCAAUGUCAGAUGUUUAUGAAGCCAAGCCACCAAUCCUCUCCGGUGAUGGAGAAAAAAAAUUUGAUGCACCAUCAAAGCUUGAAAGACAGUCGCCGCGAAGAGCACCACAUCCAGUAGAGAGAAUCAAUCCUAUGAUCAAGGGUGGUACCUUAUUUCAAGGAAGAAAUAUGUCUUAUGGUUGAAACUUAAAUCCAUUUCUUAGAUGUAAUGAUCUUAAAGAAUCUUCUAAAUAUGAGUAUCAAAUCAUAGAUGAAGAGACCACCAUGAACCAUUAUUAGCUUUUACAAUCUAUUGAUCCCACAAAUCUAUUUUGUUUUAGUA